AUGGAACGGCCAUCGUCUUCUGGUGGAACCGAUCUUCCAAUCUCUCCACGUAACACUUCCACUCGAAAUGGAACGAACUUUCCAACAAGCCUCUUCAGGUCUGCUCGUGCCAUGGCCGCUCCGGAAGACACAACAUUCGCUCUCUCUCUCUCUCUCUUUCUCUCUUUCUCGAUUUCUACCAUCACCUCCAUCCGAUACGAUCGAGACUAUGCACAAAGGGUUUUUUGCAUGCAGAGAUUCUUCCGCUGGCUGAUCGGUGGACGCACCGACCCAUGA